AAAAAAAAGAAAAGAAAAAAGCAAAAUCUCUCGUGCCUCUGUAGCUUUCCCCUUUCCCUCUGUCUCUCACCCGCAAGCACUCCCCCUUCCCUCCCUCCCUCCCUCCCUGUCAAGGCGGCCUGAACUCUCUCUCUCUCUGUCUCUGUCACUCUGUUAUCGGUUUCAUCAGAAGGUGACUGACAUGGAGAAGAAGGCACUUUUGAGGGAAUUCAUUUUUAGAGAUGGCCAGUAAUGAAGAAACAGGAAGUCCAGGAUGGAGUGCUUCCUUCUUCAUGCAAACUACAGAAGAUAUAGCCAGGGCUGUUGCUGCUGCUGCUGCAGCUGCGACUGCUGCUCAUUCUCCGAGGCCAUCAGUUGUAUUCUCGGCAAAAGAUGAUAGCAAUAACCAACUUCAGAAGCUGCAGAGACAUUUUACAAAAGUGUUGAAAGGAUUCUCAACUCCUCCCGAGGUUAAGAGUGUAACGUACAACCCAGAGGUCUUAACCAGCCAAAAGCGUCAAUGGGCGAGCUUUCAAUUGCAGUACUUGGAUCAUAGGUCAUUAAAAGAACCAUCAAGGCUCUUUGAGAGCAUGGUUGUUGUUGGACUUCAUCCAAAUUGUGACAUUCAAGCCCUUCAUAAACGUUAUAUUGGGAGAAAAUCUGAAGGUCCUGGCAAACUACGAAGUGUGUUGAGUGGCCAGCGUCAGACUCGUGUGGAACCUAGUCUCGAGCCUCAGGUUCUCUUUGUUUAUCCACCAGAAAAGCAGCUACCACUUAAAUACAAGGAUCUUCUCUCAUUUUGCUUCCCUGGAGGUGUAGAGGUUAAUGCUGUGGAGCGGACACCUAGCAUGAGUGAGUUGAAUGAGAUACUUCUGGGGCAGGAGCAUCUUAAGCAGAGUGACCUGUCAUUUGUAUUCCGAUUGCAGGUUGCUGAUGACUCAACUCUCUAUGGAUGCUGUGUGCUGGUCGAUGAACUAGUACAGAGACCCUCUGGCUUGAUUUCUAUGAUUUCAAACAAUCAAUCAUUGCCUUCAUUGAGCCGUUAUAUAUUGACAACAAGGAGAUGCUAUUGCAUUCUGUCAAGGCUUCCAUUUUUUGAAUUGCAUUUCGGUGUUUUAAAUAGCAUCUUUACUGAAGAAAGGUUGGAGCGGUUAACCAAAGGUCUGGUUGAUCUGAGUUCGGAGAAUCCCAACGGUUAUCAUGAGGAAAGAAAUAUAGAAGAACAAUCAGAUGGUAUAUCACCUAGUCACAGUGUUGCCGAGGAGAUUCCAAAUGAAAUCGCUGGAACCUCUGAAUUAAGCUCAGGAGAUUCUACUCCUCGAAGAGUGACAGAUGAUGAAAGGCACGUGGACUGUCAUCAAGGAAACUCGGAUUCUCCAAAGAAGGGGACUGGUGAUAAUAUUGCUAAAGUUGACCCGGAAAUGGAGAUCCUGCCAUCCGAAAAAAACAAUUCCGUAGCGAACACUGAGGGCUGUUGUUUUGAUCCUGAUGACUGUGUGACUAAUAAACAAACAGUUGAGAGGCGUUUGCCCAGUGCCGUUUUACCUCUUCUACGUUAUUAUCAAUAUGAAAGCUCUGAAUCUUCAUCCAGCUCAUGCAGCUUUCAGAGCUCCCCAAUUGAGGAUAGGAAUUUUAGGAGCGAUCUGGAUGAUAUGGAGACAGAAGAGGCAUCUUUCUCUGGCCAGGAUGACACGAGUGACCAUGCUGAUAUUCUUGAAUGGGCUAAGGCAAACAGUUAUGGGUUAUUGCAGAUAAUUUGUGAGUAUUAUAGGUUGCGCUGCCCUACCAGGGGUUCUAUAGUUAGGUUUCACCCAUUGGAACAUCUACAUCCCCUGGAAUAUUCUAGGCCAGAGGAAGCGGUUCUUCAAAUAGCUGGUUCAACUAUUGAUUUGAGAUCAUGCACCACAAGUCUAGAAUUAGCAGAGGCACACAAUGCACUGUUAGUAGAGGAGGAAGCAACUGCAUUGUCAAUAUGGACUCUUGCAACCAUAUGUGGUGCACUACGACUUGAGCAUGUGUUGACGUUGUUUGCAGGAGCAUUGCUUGAGAAACAGAUUGUUGUUGUUUGUUCUAAUUUGGGAAUUUUGUCAGCAACUGUUUUGUCUGUUAUUCCUCUUAUCCGUCCCUACCAAUGGCAAAGCCUCUUAAUGCCGGUUUUACCUAAUGACAUGUUGGAUUUUCUGGAUGCACCGGUUCCUUACAUAGUUGGUGUGAAGAACAAAACUGCGGAGGUGCAGUCUAAACUGACCAACGCCAUUUUAGUCGAUGCUAACAGGAAUCAGGUGAAGGCACCAACCAUUCCUCAACUCCCGAAGCACAAGGAGCUGUUCUCAUCAUUGAGUUCCUACCAUGCAAAGCUUGUAGGAGAGAGUUAUUUGGGGAGGAAACGGCCAAUGUAUGAGUGCACCGAAGUGCAGAUUGAAGCUGCGAAGGGUUUCUUGGGAGUCUUAAGGCAUUACUUGGAUUCUCUCUGCUCUAAUCUGCGCUCGCAUACAAUUACAAAUGUACAGUCAAACGAUGACAAGGUAUCCUUGCUUCUGAAGGAAAGUUUUAUUGAAUCAUUUCCUUCUCGUGAGCGAUCAUUUAUGAAGCAUUUCGUGGACACGCAACUCUUCUCUGUACAAACGGAUCUCGUUCUGUCUUUCUUCCAGAAGGAAUAAGGACUUGGAGUGGUGCUGGGCAGGCAAAUGUAUACCACCACCGUGUUAUUUCCUACAAUAUAACUUGAAGAACCAAAGAUGCAUGCAUAUGUAUAAGUCAUAUAUAUAUGAAAAUAUAAUUAUAGAUCGCGAGAAAGUCGCGCCUUUUUAUUUUAUGUAAAAUUUUGCUCCAAAUUAUUUCGUCAUCGAGAAUGCCAUGUCUGGGCUUGCUUGUUUAGGGUGUGAAGAAGGGAAAUGAUAUAUGAUGAUGAGGAUGAGGAUAUCUGCAUGCAAAAUAAGCGCAUCAGAUUUCUUCUUCCAUGUUUGGUAAUUUAUGAGGAAUCGUGAAUCGGGUCCUUGAAUU